CAUGUGCGGAGCACCCUGUGGCCUACGCUCCUGGAUCUCCGCGGCCGUGUGUGCCCGCCAGGUACCGGGGCGGCGUCAGGGACCCUCGGGGUCUCCUUCGCGGGGCUUCCGGGCUCCGUGUCCGCGGGGGUGGAGCUGAAUCCGGCCCUGCAGCUCCGCAGGGACUUCUGGACGCCGGUAUCCCGCGAGCCCCGCCCCGAGAGGGCAGCAGAGUCCCCCGGGCCCGUGUCAGCCACCGCUGGCAGAGCCUCGGGCACGCCCCCCGGGAGCCCUCCGGGCCUGAUUCACCCCUGCUGCACCUGGUCCCCCUUCCGGGGUGGUCCCCUUGAGUGGCCGGCUCUGCCCUCCAGGUCUCUGCAGCACCCCCCUGAGCGCCCAGCAUGUUCCAUGGGAUCCCAGCCACGCAGGCCGGGGGAGGCCCUGGGAACAAGCCUGAGCUGUACGAGGAGGUGAAGCUGUAUAAGAAUGCCCGGGAGCGGGAGAAGUACGACAACAUGGCAGAACUGUUUGCUGUGGUGAAGACCAUGCAGGCCCUGGAGAAGGCCUACAUCAAGGACUGCGUCACCCCCAACGAGUACACAGCUGCCUGCUCCCGCCUCCUGGUCCAGUACAAAGCCGCCUUCCGGCAGGUCCAGGGCUCAGAGAUUGCCUCCAUCGAUGAGUUCUGUCGCAAGUUUCGCCUGGACUGUCCACUUGCCAUGGAGAGGAUCAAGGAGGACCGGCCCAUCACGAUCAAGGACGACAAGGGCAACCUGAACCGAUGCAUUGCUGACGUGGUCUCGCUCUUCAUCACGGUGAUGGACAAGCUGCGCUUGGAGAUCCGAGCCAUGGACGAGAUCCAGCCCGACCUGCGGGAGCUGAUGGAGACCAUGCACCGCAUGAGCCACCUGCCUCCAGACUUCGAGGGCCGCCAGACCGUCAGCCAGUGGUUGCAGACUCUAAGCGGCAUGUCAGCAUCAGACGAGCUGGACGACUCCCAGGUGCGCCAGAUGCUGUUCGACCUGGAGUCAGCCUAUAAUGCCUUCAACCGCUUCCUACAUGCCUGACUCUUGUCACUGCUUCCUGGUCACUGUGGCUCUGCUCUGGACUCCGCCCACCUGCCCCACAAUAAAGAGAAACUUUUCCUGUC